AUCGUUGCAUCACAGGAAACGGAAACACCGUGUGACAGCGUAACCAUGGUGUGCAAUUCCGUUUCCGCUCCAGUCGGGAUUUUUGUCCGCUCUGCAGGAAUGUGUGGAGAUGCUCUCGCUGGGGGAGAGGUAACAGCCGCACCUUCCUGCUGACAGAUGAACCCACUCACGGGGCGCCGUGUCUUCGGCUCUCGGCACUGAGGGAAGCGGAGACACACUCGCAUCCGCGCGGCUGCAGGUUGCUCCCAGUAUCGCACAUUCCCGGACUCGCAUGAUUGACUGAAGCUGCUCCUCCUCCUCAUGGCGAAAAACACCCUGUCCUCACGAUUCCGGGGAGUCGACAUCGACGAAUACGACGAGAAUAAAUUCGUGGACGACCAGGACGAGGCGGCCGAGCAGCAGGGACCGGACGCGUGUGAGGUGGACGAUCUGAUCAGGCAAGGGGACAUGAUGACAGCAUUUCAAAUCGCCUUGAGGAAUCCACCAAUCAACUCCAAGAAUCCAGCAGUGAAAGAGCGGGCACAGGCGGUGGUGUUACGAGUGCUGACUGCAUUCAAGAGCAGCGAUAUGGAGCCGGCCGUGAAGUCUCUGGACAAGAACGGAGUGGACCUGCUGAUGAAGUACAUCUACAGAGGCUUCGAGAAGCCCUCAGACAACAGCAGCGCCAUCCUGCUCCAGUGGCACGAAAAGACACGGACAGCUUCUUCUCUCACAACUCAACCUUAUCCGGGGGGAAACCACUCAAGCUCAACCGAUUAUUUCACUCAAAAGCAGAGAUAUUGUAUGAUAUUUAAUAUAAAUGAUUGAUUCUUCAAUAUGUUAUUACGGAAGACACGAUUCUCGACUAAUGAAGGUGAACGGUUGUGCGACGGAAGGACGAUGAGUCUCAUGACGAGACUUUGCUUUCUAAGCCUUGAUCAGCAGUUUCAGGACACAAAAUACUGUGAUGAAUAUGAAAGUUGUAUUUGCUUGUUUUAUUUAGCUGGAAUUUUCAGAUGUGUACUUUUCCAUUUCUUUAGUUCCACUUCUCAUUUUUUUUCUUAUUGUACAGAAAGAGGAUGAUGUUUAAUAUAUAGUAUUUAGGUGGUGGAUUUAUGGUUCAAAUCGUAGUGUGGGGUCGGGUUAUUGUGAAGUGCCUGGUGCAAUAAAGAACAAUAAGAGUG